AUGUCCACUACAAGUCGAAUAAGUACGUCGUCCCCUUCCUCCUCCUUCCCCACGUGGGUGUACACCACACCCCCUGCCAUGCCGUGCCAGACGACCCUCCCCUCCCCGAGCUUGCCGACCAGACCGACUAACACCCUCCCUUUCCUCUUCAUUCCCCCUCGCCUUCGCACCGCAGACAAAUCCACGACCCGGUUCGUCCCCAAGCGCAAGAACACCUCGUCCUCAUUCCAACGUGCGUCCUCUACCACACCGUCCUUGGCCUCCGUAGGGACGGCGACACCUCGCUUUGGAGCGACGGGGUUGAACCCUCUAGGAGGGAUCGACGAAUUCGACUUGGAUCCAGAGGCGACUAGCACUGCAGAGCGCGGUGGAGACGCGGACGCGUUCAAAGAGCCGGCUUUACCCAGUACCUUGUCCACGACGGGCAAGGGGAAGGGUUUCGCACCCCGGGAUCCGACCUUGCGCGAGACGACGCCGGCGACGAGGCGGGGUUCGUCCUCGCCCGUUCGACCACCUACGAUCGUUUCGGCAUCUACCAACCCCGAGAUCACUGCACCGACUUCGUCAAGACCUUUAUCCUUCACCCCUCGUGAUCCAACACCUUCGACUCAACCGACGACCGCACCCGCGACGGCUUCCACGAGCAGCCCGAGCGGUGGCCCUAAGAUUUCUGCCCUCCCCCGACCUCAAACCCCCGUCGCUUCUACGUCCAAGAACACGCUCGAUGCACCGACGAGUUAUCCUUCAUUACCUCCUACGCCCACUGCGGAAGAGAAUGAGGAAGAAGAACAGAGGGUCGCUGCGACUUGGAGUUCCACUUCGAACGCAAAGGGGAAACGCGUGCCGAGGAACGCGAUUGCGUUGGCCAGGACUACACAAGCUCCGCCCGUCGAAGAAGAAGACGAUUCUUCGGAUGAGGAAGAACCGCCUUCUCAGCUCGUCAUCAGAGGGAAAAAGUUGCAAAUGACGAAGCGUGGGCAGGUCAAGCGAGGGCAGACGGGGACGGUGGGAACCGCGGCGACUACGAAGAAGGCGGCGACGAAGGAUUCGAGGGUCGGGGAGAGGAGGUCGACGAGGGCGACGGUGGUAUCGCCGGAGAAGGGGAAUAAGGGGAAGGGAAGGAUGCUUGAGGAGAGUUCGGAGGACGAGGCAGAAGAGCUCCCUCGGAUGACGGCGGCGAAGGGGAAGAAGAGGGCGGCGAAGAGACCAUCGACAGUGAAAGGUGGACGCGGGCGACCUGCGAAGAAGAGCAAAGUUGCCGACGAGGACGACGACUCGGACGAAGAUGCAGGUCCGCAUGAGAAAGGCGCAACCGCACCAUUGGCCAAACGGAGGCCGGCGAAAGGGAAGGGAAACGCGAAUGACAAGACCGCUAGUGGGGGUUUGCAGGCCUUGUUGGCGGCUGCGAAUGCGGCGACGGAGGAUGAGGACUAUCAGAUGACGGAUGAUGUGGCGCGCACUGGGGUCGAUGCGCUUGAGACGUCGGAUGAUACCGAUUCCGACGAUGAGGAUGACGAUGACGAGGAGGAAAACGAUAGCGAUAAGGAUGGGUCGGACGAUUCUCAAGACACCGCGAUUGGGCCCGAUGGAUCUCAAAAGAAGAGGAAGAAGAAGUCCAAGAAGCAACGCCUGCUGGACAAGACGCGUCGCCUUGCUCAGCAAGAAGCUCGACCCCGUUUUGUGCCGCACAAGAAACUGAAAGACCUCGAUCCGGCGUUGACAACCAUGUCCGAGAUUGCGACGGGGAAGGAUCAAUGGGAUGGGAGGGUCUCUGCGAGGGGUAAGGCGUUGCUGAAGAAGCAUGAGAUGACCAAGCAGGAGAGAACAGAGAAGCGCCAACGCACGAAGAGGCACAUGAAGAGGAGGCAGGAAGGUCUGCCGAGCGAUACGGAGGACGAGGAACAGGGCCAAGUCAUGAUGGGGUUCAUUGAGGCGGCGCAUCAGAGAGGGGAUGCAUUGCCUGAGAUCGCGACGGAUGAAGAGGAGGAGCUGCCGGAUCCGACUGAUGUGCGACCCCCUCGUCAAGUCGAGAUUGAGACACCUGAACCACCUUCGAUCGAAGAACGAAUGCGGGCCAUGACCGGGAAUGAGGAAGGUGCUGCUGAAGAGGGGGAGGAUGACGACGAUGAGGAGGAUCGUUUCGUCGAGACGGGGUACGCGGCUCAAGUGCGCUUCAUCGACGGCCAAUUCCAGAUCGACGAAGCCUCCCUCGAAGUCGAUCGUGCGCAGCAAGCCCGCAAUGCGCAAUUAGAGCCUUUGGAGAGGGUCGAGGACAACCAACAGAACAAGUAUACGAAUUCGGCGAGUUGGGGCAAAGCGAGGGCGACGGCCAAAUGGACCGCGUUCGAGACGGAGGUUUUCUACGACGCGUUGAGGCAAUUUGGAACAGAUUUCGAGAUGAUUGCCGGCUUGUUCCCUACUAGGACGCGGAGACAGAUCAAGAGCAAGUGGGUGAGGGAGGAUAAGGAGAACCCCAGGAAAAUCACGGCGGCAUUGAUGAACAAGAAGGAGAUUGGUCAGUUCUUUUCUUUGUGCGCAUUGGGUUCAUUGGACCUGGGCGACUGGGGAGCUGAAUGUGCAACAACGUGCUGGCAGAUCUCGAUCGUUACGCCGCUUUGACAGGUCAAGAUCUUUCAGGGCCUAUACCCGAGGACCCUAUGGAUCGCAUCAACAAGCACCGCGAAGAGACGGAGAAGCUGGAGAGGGAGAACUCGGUCAUGCCUGGUGGGUACGGUGGCCCAAGUCGUCAGCGAGGUGUACCUGUUGCGGGGCGACAGGUCGAAUUGGAGGACGUUGAAGAGGAGGAGGGAAGGGCGGCGAGGCAGGAUGGGGGAGAGGGCGAGGAAGAGGAAGAUGAGGAGGAUAAUGAAGAGGCUGAGGAGGAGGAGAGGAGGCAGCGCGAAAUUGAUGAGGAGAUUGCGCGCGCCGAGGCGGAGGAGGCGUGA